AUGCAUAGAACUAACUACAUUGAAUCCCAUCAUAUCACCGUUGCAUUCAAGAAAAAGGAUCAGCUACUCUUGUGUCCAAGUGCCAUCAAGGGUGUAUUUGUCAAUGUCCAAUUGCAAGCUCAAAUAUGCACAAAGGCCAAGAUUGAUCCUACCAAAACUGCCAACGAAUUGAGCUGUUGUGAUGUAUCAAUGAACCGAGAUGCAUUGUCUCGGGACUUCUGA